AUGACUUGGGACGGAAUGAGUUGUUGGAAUGAAACUCAGGCGGGUGUCACAGCCGAUCAGCAGUGUCCGGAUCACAAGAGUCCAGUUAGGGAUGCACUUCCACUGAUUUGCUUGGCAUGGCAUGAUGAACGAACUGUUUCCAUAUAUUAUGAUAAUGAGACGAUGAUAACACAGAUGAAGAAGAUGGGGAGGAGAGGGGGUGAUGAAAAUGAUGACGACGACCUUGACCUUGACAAUGACGACAAUGAUGAUGAUCGUGGUGGGGUCCAUGCAAGCAGGCAGGCAGGCAAUAUUGAGCUGGUGCUAUCAGUUCAACAUUUUUAUCGUUUGAUUGUGAGGAUUUUGAAAUGGGUGAUUGAUCGCAUGAAGGUAAUUAGGUCAGAGAAGACGUGCCAGGCUGAUGGCGUAUGGUUCGACAACAUGGGCAAUGAGUGGACUGAUUAUAGAGCUUGCUAUGAACAUGAAGAGAACAACUCGUACAAAAUCGUCGUAGCGAUCAACAGCUUGGAUAUCAUCUUCCUUACACUAGCCAUCAUCUUGUUCGCCCACUUCAAGUUUGGUGCCGAAUACUCUGCUUCUUCAGAUAUUAUUUCCAAGGCCAAUCAAUUAAGAGUCACAUCAAUUUGCGAGAACGGAAUGCGUGCGGAUUAA